UUCCUCAUGGACUAUGAAAUGGUUAAUAAAAACGAAAGUGAGGUUGGAACAGCAAGCAAUGAUAAUAAUGGUUUAAAUAAUAAAAACGAAAAUGAGGUUGGAACAACAAGCAAUGAUAAUAAUGGUUUAAAUGACAAUAUAGAAGGUGGCUCUGGUCCAACCAAUGAGGAUAACUCGGGGAAUGAUAAUGCAAAUCAUGGUCUUGGCUCAGAAAAUGAACCGACAAUUGACCCUAGUUCGACGAGUAAUCCAAACAAUCCUGACAAUAUCUCUAACUCAACGGGUGAUCCAAACGAUAAAGGCUCCAGUUUAGCAAAUGAUAAUGCUCAAACAUCCCAAACAAAUACUGAAACAAUGGACAUCGAUAAUCAAAAUGAAACGACGAAUGUACAAAAUCCUGAAAACGAAGAUGUCACUACAAACCAGCAACCAUCAGAACCAGAAAAUCAAAAUGAUAAUGUUGAAACACAAGAAAUCUCAGAACAUGAUAAAAAAAUUGCUUCAUUAGAGGCAAAAAUUGGUGAAAAUGAUAAGAAACUCGCCCAAGCUUACGAAAAUAUAAGUAAGCUUGAGGCUGAGCUUGAAGAAACUAGAAAGAAAAGUAAAGAGAUUGAAAGUGCAAAUCAUAAACUUCAUCAAGAUAAUUAUAGCAAAGAUGUUUACAUUUCAAAUCUUACAAAUGAACAUAAUAAGUUAGUCAGUCGCUAUAAUACAGUAAUUAAAUCAUUAGAUGAAGUUACAAAAAAAAAUGAAGAAUUAAAAAAUGAAGCUGCUCAUUAUCAAUCAAGAUUGGGUGAUGCGAAAAAUUUCAAGUUAGGUGACGAUGAUCCUAAUAAUAGUACUGCUCUUACACGGGACAUUGAGCAAUUACAAGAUAAAAUUAAUUUGUAUGCAAGAGUAAAAAAGGGUGUGACGCUUAAUUUGGACGCUGCGAAGGCUGCCUUACUAAAAUACGACUGUUCACUAGACCAUGUUGCAAAUGAAGAUUCGGAAGAAAAGAUACUUAUUAAAUGGCUUCUUCAAAGAAUCUUGAUCGAAAGUGUUACGGACAUGAUGAAUAAAUAUUUAGCCAACCAAUUUCGUCUUUCUGGCGAAGCAGCUCGCGAAUUAGAAUUAAUCCAUAUAACUCGUAAAAUGACUGAACUAUUAAGCGAAUUCGAUAAGCAUCGUGAUGGUAUUGAUGAAGUAACUCAAGCUACUCCGAUAAAACUACGUCAACAGAUCUAUGCUGUUCUAGGUGAUCGUGGUUUUGCCGAUGUUAAAGACGAAAAGAAGGAACAUUCAUUCAUCACUUUUGUUGCGAAACAAAUUGACACCACCAUGUCCAAUUUUCGUACUUUUAAUGAUGAUGAAAAGAAACAAGAAAUUGAUAAAUUGCUACCAUCUAUCAUUAGAGAAAUUAUAAAAAUUUUCUUUUUCCGAUUAAGGGUGCAAGAACCAGAAGCAACUUUCAGAUGGUUUAAAAGAGGUGAUAAAAUAGAUCCUAUUCAAAUGGUUGGUCCAUGGGAUGAAAAUAUAGAUCAGUGGUUCGUCGAUAUCUGUUAUUUUCCUUUGGUUGGUAUAGACUUAGAUAAUGAAAACAAUCGCAAGAUCCUUUUCCAGGCAAAAGUUGCUGUUUAUAAAGAAAAAAAAAGUGGUCUUAAUAAAAUUGUUAACAUGUUCUUACCCGAAGGAAAACGUGCACAACAAUCUCGUCAGCAAAGCAAACAAAACAGUUCUGGUAGUCCUCCAACUACUAGACAAAAUAGCUUUAAUACUAAAAGUGCUGAUCCCGAUCUUCAAGGUGAUUCAAAAGGCAAUCUGUGGUAG